AUGCCAAGGUCCAGGUUUCUGAUCUUCGAUAGCUACCCUAAUGCACGCUUCAAGAAUCUUUCUGGACGGAUACGAAUCCUCGACCAGCAGAAAGUCGCCAAUGGUGGCUUCUCCGAUGUCUACUUGGGAGAGCUUGUCAGCAGGUUACGCCCGACACGAAUGGUCGCUGUCAAGGCACUCCGGGGUGUCCACCUGCGUGGUGCAGAAGCACGCGCAAAGUUGAUUCAGCGUCUGUACCGAGAAGCUGGCCUUUGGUGCUCACUGAACCACCCAAACGUGCUCCCUUUCCUUGGUCUCAGCGAAGAAUCUAUUUGUGAAGGGUGUCCCGCCCUGGUAUCGCCCUACUGCAGGAAUGGGACGGUAUUCGAAUACGUGCAAGCAUACCCGCAUAUCAACCGUCUCCCUAUUAUCCGAGGAAUCGCCAACGGGUUGCAGUACCUGCACUCUCAAACCGUUGUUCACGGCGACCUGAAAGUGGACAACAUAUUAAUGAGUGACACCGGCCAACCCCUGCUCUGCGACUUUGGCCGGUCCAAAUUCGAAACACGUCGAGGAUUCACUACCGUCUUCACCGGAGCCUGUAACUACAUGGCCCCCGAACUCUUUCAGCAAGGAGACACGGAUGCCAGUGAACCAACGACCACCAAAGCUUCGGAUGUCUACGCGUUCUCACUGGUUUGUGUUGAGGUUCUUUCCGGACAGAGAGCUUUGCCCCGUUUCAGAAUGGAACAUCAGUUGAUGGCCUUUGUCGUAAACGGCGGUCGUCCUAGAAGGGACAAGCUUGAACCCCUCCCUGUGGAACCAACAAACUGGAUUUGGCCAAUUCUGGAGGCGUGUUGGCAGCAUAACCCGUACGAUCGACCAACCAUGAAAAAUAUCGCGGAAUUGCUAAAGGAUUAG